GGCCCGGCUCGGGGUGAGGGAAUACUUCGCCGUCCAAUCAGGGAAGUCCCUGUUGAGAAAGACGUCGGCAUUACCUAAUCAGUAGCUGCAGUCCUCCAGAAGGCGGGACUUGGGCGGGGGUGGGACUUCCUGUUUCAAAUAAACACCUAGAGAUUUUUUUUCGCCCCCCUCCGCCCACCGAAGUGGGUCCCUCUCGGGAGGUCGGUCACCGUUUCUCCCUCAGGAGUCGAAGGGAUCUGCGGAUACGAGAGGGCCCGGUUAGGGCCUGGGGCAGUUGCACAGGCCGGGCUGGCGCCUCGGUGCCACCGGACCUGCCUCUGGUCCUGUCCUGCUUCAAGGCCCCCGGCCCGCGCUCUGGCCCCCGGAGCCAAGUUGGUAGAGUUCCGAGGUUAUGCGUCUCAAUGAUCCCGCGGAAACGCUACGGGUCUAAGAACACGGAUCAGGGUGUCUACCUGGGUCUCUCAAAGACACAGGUCCUGUCCCCUGCAACUGCUGGCAGUAGCAGCAGCGACAUCGCCCCUCUGCCCCCCCCAGUGGCCCUGGUCCCUCCCCCUCCCAACACCAUGUCCUGCCGGGAUCGGACCCAGGAGUUCCUGUCCGCCUGCAAGUCCCUGCAGAGCCGUCAGAAUGGAAUCCAGACAAACAAGCCGGCUCUGCGUGCUGUCCGGCAGCGCAGUGAAUUUACCCUCAUGGCCAAGCGCAUUGGGAAAGACCUCAGCAACACAUUUGCCAAGCUGGAGAAGCUGACAAUCUUGGCAAAGCGCAAGUCCCUCUUCGAUGAUAAAGCGGUGGAGAUCGAGGAGCUGACUUACAUCAUCAAACAGGACAUCAACAGCCUCAAUAAACAAAUUGCCCAGCUUCAGGACUUUGUGAGGGCCAAGGGCAGUCAGAGCGGCCGGCACCUGCAAACCCAUUCCAACACCAUCGUGGUCUCCCUGCAGUCAAAACUGGCCUCGAUGUCCAAUGACUUCAAAUCAGUUUUAGAAGUGAGGACAGAGAACCUGAAGCAGCAGAGGAAUCGGCGGGAACAGUUCUCCCGGGCACCUGUGUCAGCCCUGCCCUUGGCCCCCAACCACCUGGGGGGCAGUGCUGUGGUUUUGGGGGCAGAGUCUCGUGCCUCCGGGGAUGUGGCCAUUGACAUGAUGGACUCUCGGACCAGCCAGCAGCUGCAGCUCAUUGAUGAGCAGGAUUCCUACAUCCAGAGCCGGGCAGACACCAUGCAGAACAUCGAGUCCACAAUUGUCGAGCUGGGCUCCAUCUUUCAGCAGUUGGCACACAUGGUUAAGGAGCAGGAAGAAACCAUUCAGAGAAUCGACGAGAACGUGCUCGGAGCCCAGCUGGAUGUUGAGGCCGCCCAUUCAGAGAUCCUCAAGUACUUCCAGUCGGUCACCUCAAACCGGUGGCUCAUGGUCAAAAUCUUCCUUAUCCUCAUUGUCUUCUUCAUCAUCUUUGUGGUCUUCCUUGCCUGAACCUUCUCCGCUCUGAGGCACUCCACCGGGGUUUGGAACCCCUUUGGGAGGGCAGGUGGCCAGUGCUGUCACUGAGCCUUGUGCAGGGUGCUUGGGAGAAAGGCCCUGUUUCCCUGGAACUGCUGAGAAUGGCCACUGCCCCUGCCCCCUGCCCCUUUGCCUCUGGCCACCCUGUCCUCCCCUCACCACCCUCAGGCCCUCGAAACACACAGUUCUGGAUUUGUACUCUCCUGUGAAGUGGCUGGAAGGGAGCAGAGGCCAACUGGGGGGCCGGUCGGGGAGGUUGUCUCCACUAGGUAGGAGAUUUUUAGAAACUCCCCAGCCUCUUCCAAAGGAAACUUGGGCAGCAAGGGGAGAUGAUGGCCUUCCCCACCUUCCUGAGAGGGAGGAGAGGAAGUGAAGCCGCCCCCCGGGACCAACUUUCCCAUCUGGGUUAGAAUUUGACCUCUUUCUUCUUCCUCUCUCCACCAUGUGAGGCAGGGGGCCCUGAGCCCCUCAGCUGCCUGCACAACCCCAACUUUGGCUGCUGGUGACUCAAUCUGCCAAACGCGCUGCAGCCCAUUUUCUCCCAAUUACAGCAAGACUGUCAGCCUCA